CGUCUUUUCCAAACCGAAUCCCUAAACCGACCAGUCGUUCGCAGAUACUCGUUCGAUGACGAUCGUCGCGGCAAUGGGUCGUUUACCGCGUUAAUCGAUUGCGAUUCCGCUACUUUGCAGCUUCUUUCGAACAUUAUCCUCGUUCAGGAUCGAUUCGAGUAACUCGCGACUCCUUCGUCAAUGUCGCUAUCGUUCGGUCGGCUUCAAAUAUUCUGUCAAAUUUCUCUCGUAUAAAUAUUCGUAAUUUACAUGACUCAUGCUCCAUUAAAACUUCAUUUAUCUGAACUUCUUCCGUCGUUUAGCGACAAACACGGUCAUUAGCGAUGGUUAUCUGACCUCGUCGAGAAACAAACAAUUUAUAUGUAAUAAUUGGAGUUGGCGUAAUAGGUGCUCGCAAAUUUUCCUCGUUACUUAUUAUUUUUGGUGACGUAGUAGCAACAGCUCAGCAACGUUCCGAUACGCGAAUGAAUCAGCCGGCAAAUCAUUCGCUUAAACGAGCUUCGACUAAAAUUUCGUUGCGAUAAGUGGAAUUCGUCGUUCGAAUAAAAUAAAUGCAACUCCACCGUAUUAGGAUUAUGUCGUCGAAAAGAUUUUACCAGCGCGGUUAGCAAACCGAGAGCAAAGGGUUAAAUAUCCGCUUGAAAUCGGAUUACUUGCACUCGAGCAACUUAGAUUCAAGUAACUUGACGAAUUUGAACGAGACUUAACAAGAACCAUGACUUGCUACGACUCGUAAGCGAUCGGAUUUUCCCGGGCAAACGUUUGAACUUUCGUCCCAAUUAUUUUUUAUCCGACUCGACUCAGGGUAGUUACGUAAGCGAAGCUGAUACAUCGUCGUGUACACGACCGCGUGCGAGGCAACGUUCGCGAAAAUCCUUGGCACGAUAUCGAAGCUCGCGGACCGAUCGCGCGCCUGCGCUGCUUGCGCCAUGCGAUCGAUAGACGAGCGAUAAACAUGACGACGAUCGCUCGUCUUCUCGCGGGGAUCGUGAUACUCGGCUUUAUCACGAGAACAGAGGGCCGCUGUUCGCACAAUAGUUGGGAGAAAAUCGCUGGCGUUAAACCGGAAACCAUCGACGCGCAGACAGUUCUCUUUAGCGCGGUCAACUCAAACGGAAUAACGAAAAGUUGCUUCGAAAGAUGCAAACGCGUAAACUGCACCGCGUUCGUCAUAGACUUUGGUAGAAGCGUCUGCUACAGCGUGCGAAUAGAGGACGACGAACUGGUACCCGAACCGAAUUCCAUCUUUUACCACCGAGUUUGCGUGAAAGUGCCGGUAAGCUGCGCGAGACGAAAACUUUGGCAGGUGGAGAGGAGUCCAGGAGCGGUGUUCAUCGAUUCCAGCGCAUUCCAUCUAUCCGAUCCGAUCACGAGGAACCAAUGUUACGAGAAAUGCAUAGAGACAGGAAGAAGCUGCGAGUCCGCUCAAUUUCGGACUUCGAAACCCCUUUCGAUCGACAAAACAGCGUUCGGACGAUGCUCUCUCUCGUUGUACGAACGAGGUACCAGACCAAGAGCGUACAGGGCGUCCAUGUACAGAGACGAGUACCUCAGAGAUCAAUGUCGAAAUCUGUCCAGAGACGAGUAUUGCUCGUACGCGGAAUUCCAAAAUGUCUCGUUACCGUACUCUGACGUCGCUUUGAUGGACCUUGACGAGAAGCAGUGCGAGAAAAGAUGCGACUCGAGCGUGGAUGGUUUUAUCUGUCGAGGAUACACGUUUGCCAAUUCGUCCGGUCAACCACUUUGCCUACUGCACUCGGAAGACACCACCAGUCUAGGAGUUAGCUCGUUGAUCGACGCGACGAACGUGGUCUACAGAGAGCGAGAACCUUGUUUAGAUCUGAAGGUGCGGUGCAACGAUUCGACGAUGACGGUCGAGUUGAAAACGAGCGACCCCUUCUUUGGCCGGCUCUACUCGAACGGAUACGCGGAUACCUGCGGCGCUCAAGGUACAGGCAGUAAUCGAACAAUAUUGACGUUACCUAUUCCACCCGUUGACCAGAUUCGCGAGGGUACCCUUCGUUGCGGAUUGCACCCUGCCUUUUCCGUCGACGAUCAAAAUCGAACGCGACCGUUGGUUUGGGCAACGAUCGUCGUACAAUUCAAUCCGAUCGUUCAACGACUCGGCGAUCAAGCAGUCAGGGUUGGAUGCUCGUUAAACGAUCGAGCACCUCCGCAACCAAAAAACGUCACCGUUCAAUCUAGUUUCAGCUUUCUCGAUCCAAACGCAGGAGUGCCACCGAUCUCUUCAACGAUCGUCAACGCGUCCUCGCAAGCGCCGAUAGUCACCAUGAGGAUAUUAGACGAGAACUCGGCAGUCGCUAUGGUCACGCAUUUAGGUCAGAAGCUCACUCUGAAGAUUCAAUUGAGUCCACCAGAUGGUCCUUAUGACAUUACCGCCGGACACUUAGUAGCGAGCAGCGCUUCCGGCGAUGCCUCGUAUCUGCUACUGGACGAACUCGGAUGUCCCACCGAUCCAACCACCUUUCCCGCUCUCUCCAAGGAUCCAGUCGAUGGUCGUUCAUUAAUCGCAACUUUUACAGCCUUCAAGUUCCCCAAUAGUCAACGAGUCCGUUUCAACGUACUCGUCCGAUUCUGCUUGGACAAGUGCAUACCGACCAACUGCAACGGCGAUAAACCUUCUUACGGAAAAAAGAAACGAGCUAGCGAGUCUUGGAGUACGCAGGCAACCUACCACGCCGAAACAACGCCAACGUCCAAGGACGAAACUCCGGACGAGUUAUCGCUGGAACUCUCCAUAAUCGUUCAAAACUCCGUCGCGUCUUCGGCUGAUCGUUUAUCUUCGAGGGAGAACUCGUCCCCUGAUACCGUGCUAAUCGCCGGAGGAAAUUCUAUGGACGGACUGCUCUGCGUCGACGCUAGUCUCGCUUUGAGUCUACUGAUCUUCUUGUUGAUCGUCCAAAUAACGCUUAUCGUUGGCUGUCUAUUGACCGUGGCACAAUACAGAAGAACGGCCAUACGAGCGGAAGAAGACAGAGCCAAUAUCUUAGCCAGGCAUCUCUACGGCAUUCACGGAGGGAACUUGGACGUAGCGCGGAGAGUCAGAUGGGCUGAUCACAAUCUAUCCUCCUUGUCUCGCGACUGACUCAAUCUGAUUGCGUUGCCCGCAUAGCUACAUUUCUUCCCCCCUCUCUUUGUCAUUGACACGUUUCCAAUCGGUUUCUUUUUACGAUGAUUGAACGGAUGGUAGGAAAGGAGAUGGUAGGAGAUCCUCGCGUGAGACGCGCGGCAAGGCCGCGGAUUAUUUUCAACCAAAACUUGUAUUAAAGAAGGAACAACGAUGAAUAGACAAUUACGUAACUAUGCGGUAAACUAGUUUUAUGUGAGUAGCAUUCGCGUAUCGAUAUUGUUGAUCGGUAAUACGCAGUCAUUAAGUCAUCUAUCCUCUUAUCUUCGUAGUCCUGCAUUUUCCGUAGUGUGUUAACGUAA